CUGAGAUUACAAACAUGUGUCACCAAGCCUGGCUUUUCUGUUGUCAGUUCUGUUUAGAUGGGGCCAGAAACUUAGUUAAGUGGUUAAAAGCUUGCAGCAUCCACAUCAGGCUAUGACUAUAGUUCCAGGGGCUCCAAUGCCCUCUUCUGGCCUCUGUAAGGCACCCAAGCAUGCAGUCAAUUAAUUACACAGACAAACACAUGUUACCUGUAAGUUCAAAUUUUGUUUAGAAUAAGAUAACAUUGGAAUUAUAUAGUUUUUUUUUGUUUGUUUUUUAUUAUAAGAUCUUAAAGAUGCACUCUAAGGGCUUAAUGUGAAAUGGUAAAACAGUGUUUUAAAAUUCUCUAUUAAAACAAUGAACAGCCAGGUGUGGUGGUACACACCUUUUGUCUCGGCACUCAGGAGGCAGAGGCAGGCAGAUUUCUCUGAGUUUGAGGCCAGCCUGGUCUAUGUAGUGAGUUCAAGGACAGCCAGGACUACACAGUGAGACUCUGCUUUGGGGAGAAAAAAAAAACCCCACCAAAAACAACAACAAAACAAGACAAUAAGUUUUAGGACAGUGGUGUAACUUGGUAGUAGAGGGCUUACUUAGUGUGUGUAGCUCUUUCAUCCCCAGCACCACAAAAUGAAUGAAUAAAUAUUAAAUUCACUUAAAAAGUAGAAAAUAGAUAAAACGCAAUCAUUUUUUUACAGUGUAGUUCUGUUCUUAGACUAGGGACAUUUCCAACAUCCUAAGGGACCCAGCUCUUUGGCUCCACAUUCACUAGUUCCUGGUAGGGUUAUUAGAGUCUUGAUGAAAGUCUCCACAGAGGCUGGGGACGUCUGAGGCAGACACAGGAGAAGCAUCGGAUAUGACCAGUUAAGCUGUCUGUGACUGGGAGGUAAACACUGGAAAAUUUGCUGGCCAAUCAGUCUUAACCUAGUUUGGAUAUCAGGAGUCAAUUUCAGUUUUCAUUCCAUGUCACAGAGAGGUUAGGUCUACGCGACAUACUGUGAUGAUGAAAUAAACUGCCCUUGAAACCCACUUGUCCACACUCUGACCCAGAACACAUGGGAGGUCCGCCCACUCACUCCUUCACACUUGGUGCAGCAAUAGCCGGGCUGCGUCCUGGGACUGUUGACUGUCACACUGUCACUCUUAGGGUUGUACUUGUUUGUGCCAAAAGCAUAGCAGUAAAACUUGCUCUCCGAGGCUGUCCUGUGAGCCAGCCUAGCUAGGAAGUGGUGAGCUCCAGGUUCCUGGAGACACUGCCAGAGAUGACAGAGGACACCAGAUGUCCUGUGCUGUAGAAGAGUAUUUUAAGGUGUGUUGCUUUUGUUUAUGCUUUGGAACAUUUGUUUAAUGAUCCAAAGAUGUGUUUGAUUAAAUAAAAUUCACCUGCAGUCAGGAGGCUGCGUCAGGAACUAGCUGACAGGAAGUGGUAGGGAGGAGCCAGGUAGAGAAGGGCUUUUAAACAGGGGCCAGGAGAAGCACCAGGGCUUUUUGGAGGAGGAGAGGAAGGAGAGGGGGUGAGAUAUUUGCUAUUCAGCCUCUCUGAGGAGCAGGUUCCACCUUCACCUUUGAAUCUUGAGUUCUUUAGAGGGACAGAGAUUUAGUUAAGUUCCCUUCAUAGCUUUGAAAGAGUCAGGUGCCUGAGGGAACAGAAUUCCCCCAGGCCACAGCUCUUACAGUCUACCCGCUGCUGGUAAUGGCAGAGUUGCAGUUGCUGAUUCAGAUAGCUGUGGCUUAAAAGGCAGCAACCAUUAUUAAAAAGGCCAACAGUCCUGCUCUGGCCUCCACAUGCACAUCACUGCACCACCCCACCCCCCAACACACACACACAAUUCCUUGUUAAAGUGGCCUGGCACUCACUCAUCAAAUGGUGUUGAAAAAAUUAGGCAUGACUUUGGACCUACAUACAAAUAUCAGCUCCUUAGAUAAAAACCUAGGUAGAAGACACAUAAUUCUUAGGUUCUAGAACUAAAAUGUCAGUGACAGGAGAGGGCACACUGAUGCAGAAUCGAGCUGAGAGGGAGGCCCACUUCUGGUGUGAUUUUUAAUAUAGCAGGAUGAUUUCGGGUCAUUGAAAUGAGAAUGGCUAAAAAAAGUAAAGUAAUUACUGCAAACUGCUUCGGUCAGCCCUACUCACUGGCUCCUGCUUUCUUAAUAACCCAGGGAAAGGAGUGUGUGCCCUGUAGUAGCAUGACUGGAAAAACAUUGCCUCUGUUUGUGUCUGUAAAGAGAUAUACGAUGACCAGCGAGACGGCUCAGCGGGUAAAGGUGCUUGCCAUCAAACCCGACGACCUGAAAGUUUGAUCCCUGGGACCCACAGACUGGAAAGAGAGAACUGACUCCUGAAGUCAUCCGCUGACUUCCACACACGGGCCAUGGCGUGCACCCACACCACAACCAGAUGUAUGCACACUAAUUUAAAAAAAAAAAUCCCCCAAACCAAAUACCCACACAGACUCACGCGCUGUCUUCUUUGGAGGUAAAUCUCAUCUGACUCUUUCUCAUGUGCAAAAUACAGUGAUGCAUGCCUGCAAAGCAUUCUGUUUGCUUACUGAAAAGUAAUAAAGUAAAUCAAGCCUUCUGAGCAGAGAACAGCUACUUGUAGCACAUGUGUGUGGAGCUUAUCUCCAGAGACAAAAUUAUAUGCAUAAAACCUUUACAAUUGACUGGGGUUAUGGUGCUGUAGCUGCUUUGUACGACAUAAGAUAAAUAGAAACACUGUUCCCAAAUAACACUUGUGUGAAGACCAGACAGAGGUAAGGAAAAUGCACAGGCAGCUAGAGCCACUGUUGCAUGCCCGUGACAUCUGUGGGGGGUCUUAGCACCCUGUGUUUGCUGAUUUCUCAUUUGAGAUAUGGUAUCUUAUGUUUCCAUGUUCCUGGGUGCUAGGCUAGUGUUCUGUCACCGAGCUGCAUCUUCAGCUCUAUCAGAUCUGUUUUUUUAAAGUGAAGUUUAUAAAAUUCUCCUGCUUAGAGUCUGCCUCACAAUAGCAACUGAAAUUAUUUCAUGUAUAUGGUUCGGCAUUUCCGAUCUGUGCUUGAGGCAAGCAAUUUCUCCACCAUGGGAUGUGGGGCAAACUUGAUCUUCUCAUGCAGAAGAAUGAUUCAGGCAUUGUGGGAGCUCCUUCCUUUCUCGCUCCCCAGCCAUCUUGGCGGCUGGUCUUGGUUGGGGGCUGUUCCGCACCUAAGGCAGGAAGAUGGUGGCCGCAAAGAAGAUGAAAAAGUCUCUGGAGUCGAUCAACUCUAGGCUCCAACUUGUUAUGAAAAGUGGAAAAUACAUGCUGGGGUACAAACAGAUUCUGAAGAUGAUCAGACAGAGCAAAGCAAAAUUGGUUAUCCUCGCCAACAACUGUCCAGCUUUGAGGAAAUCUGAAAUAGAAUACUAUGCCAUGUUGGCGAAAACUGGUGUUCAUCACUACAGUGGCAAUAACAUUGAAAUGGGCACAGCAUGUGGAAAAUACUACAGAGUAUGCACACUGGCUAUCAUUGACCCAGGUUAUUCUGAUAUUAUUAGAAGCAUGCCAGAACAGACUGGUGAAAAGUAAACCAGGAAAGUUUUUCUUUAAUAA